AUCUAACGGACAUGCACUUCCGGUCAGCUGACUGGUCACGUGACACGCUUUAGCUAACAUGGCGACACCCGUGUAGGUGUAGCGUUACUGUAGCUAUGGGACUGUUAGUGUACAGUGUGUGGGUAUUAGUGUGUGUGUGUGUGAUGUGUGUGUGUGACAGCUGUGGAGUUAAACCUGAUCAGGACUGCGGCUGUAACACACUCCACAGACACCGAACUGAGGAAGAGGAGGAGGAUGAAGAAGGAGGAAGAAAUGGUCCAGCUUAUAAAUACUCUGUUACAGCGAAUAAAGAGAAAAAAGAGGAAACUCUGAGUAAGAUGGUGCGUAUGCAGGGAGGUUGGUUCCUGAUGGGAACAGAUGAUCCUGGUAUCCCUCAGGAUGGAGAAGGUCCUCAGAGGCACAUUUGGCUCGAGCCUUUUUACAUUGAAGAGCACGAAGUCACAAACCUGCAGUUCCAAAGUUUUGCUAAUAUUACACACCAUGUUACAGAGGCAGAGAAGUUCGGAGACUCGUUUGUGUUUGAAGGAUUGCUGAGUGAAGAAGUGAAGAGCUCGUUGUCUCAUGCGGUUGCUGCUGCCCCCUGGUGGUCACCGGUUAAAGGUGCAGACUGGAGACAUCCAGAGGGUCCAGAUUCAUCUAUAACACACAGGAUGGAUCACCCGGUGCUGCACGUCUCCUGGACUGAUGCUCAGGCGUACUGUGAGUGGGCGGGGCGCAGGUUACCCACCGAGGCUGAGUGGGAGUUCGCCUGCAGAGGAGGGCUACAGGACAGGUUGUACCCGUGGGGGAAUAAACUGAUGCCCAGAGGGCAGCACUAUGCUAACCUGUGGCAAGGAGAGUUCCCCAAUCACAACACGGCUGAGGACGGAUUCACACAGACAUCACCGGUGUGUGUGUGUGUGUGUGUGUGUGUGUGUGUGUGUGUGUGUGUGUGUGUGUGUGUGUGUGUGUGUGUACAGGUGAAGAGGUUCCCUGCGAAUGCUUAUGGACUCUAUGACAUGGUGGGAAAUGUGUGGGAAUGGACAGCAGACUGGUGGAGUGUCCAUCACACUCAGGACCACACACACAACCCGAAAGGACCAAAAUCAGGAAGUGACAGAGUGAAGAAGGGAGGAUCCUACAUGUGUCACAAGUCGUACUGUUACAGGUACAGAUGUGCAGCUCGGAGUCAGAACACUCCUGACAGCUCAGCGUCUAAUCUCGGCUUCCGCUGUGCAGCUGAUAUUACACUGUGACCUCUGACCUUUUAUAGACUCUCCCUUAUUGUUGACCCACAUCCCAGAUUGUAAUGUUUCAGUGAGUUUUAUAGUAAUAAAUUAUUUUACAGAUUAAGUGUCAGCGAUGUUUUGUAAUAUAUAAUGAAAUAAACACACACCUGAGCUGUGAA